AUGAUGAACGAGAGCGAGGAAGAUGAGAACAUCGCUCUCGCAGCGGAAGGACGAGCGGAGAUCGUCGAAGGAAAGUUCAGGGAACUGGGUAUCCCUCGCAAAUUCGACUACGAACGCGUCAAGGCCGCGAGAGCAAACCAAAUGGCGAGAUCACUGAUCCAUGAGGGUCGCGACUCCGUCUCGACUGCAUGGUUCGCCUGGUAUAUCGAUUUCAAUGUAUGGAACUUCAUCCAUGAGAAGUUCGCCAAAAAUGGCGACUACGAGACCUUCCCGUGGAUCGACUUCGAACCAGCCGUGAAGCCCAAGACCCCAGAAGACGCCUCCGCCUGGUUUGACGGCUUGAAGGACGCCAUCAAGCAAAAGUACGACCUUCCCGCCAUGGAGCGGAAGAAGCAGGGUCUCACCUUGAUGAGACCGGAGAACUACCUUGUGCGCGACCACGACAAAGUCGCCGCGCGUUUGCGCGAAGACACGUGGAACAACGUCUUCCCCGGAAGAGUGCCUCCCCACGGCAUCGCCUUUGAAGUCAUCGUUCCCUCUGCCGUCAAGAUGUUCUCGGAUCUGAAGUGGGACGUAACCCGGGGAGCGCAUCAUAUCCCGGAUACAGUCGGUAUUUCCACGGUUGGGCGAGUACACCGCCGCGGCCACUUUGUUAUGGCGAUGGUUCUCGGUUAUAACCCUGGCGUCGUUGACGACCCGCAGAGCAGAUUGAUUCUGGCCAAGACGUACGACCUCAUCUUGAAAUGGGCCGUGACGAUCAUCACCACCGGCAGAAGCAUGAAGCUCACUAGAGUUUUCAAAAACUUUGACCUGCCGCAGCCUGGACUUGAUGCUGUUGGAGAGGAUACAAUCAUGGGAGGCAUGGGAGACGAGAUGGAGCUCACGCGGGAGCAGCUCGCCCUCUGCGCUGAAGAGUUUGAUGUGCUUGAGAAUGGCAUUUUCCACCAGAACCUCGAGGGGAUGACUCGAGAGGACCUCCAGAAGGCUUGUCAUGAAGCGUGGAUGGAGAAGACAAACGAGUGGAAGGAAACGCUUGACGUCACGGUGUGGUCGUGGACUGAGGAGGUUUACUGGGCGAAGAAGAUUGCGGAGCCGUUUGACUCUUGA